GCAUUUCCUCCGUCUCCGCGGGGCAUCCGGGUGCUGGUCUGUGUGUUGAUCGUGUACAGUGCUCGCAGCACUGCCAGCGGUGUCACCUGCAGGUCGGCCCCGCUCCUCCGCAUCCCCGUGCUCCAGACCGGGUCUGUAUUCCCAAGUAUUGUGAUUCCCUGGCGCAGAAUUUCUUCCCGGGAGUGGAGCCGCCCUGUGUUGGCCACAGCGAAGAUACGUCGACUGACAUCUCCGGAUAUGGUACCAGAUGUGUUUUAGCUGCCAAUGUUGGGGAAGAAUUACUAUGGUCACGCUCAAGGGAUGACAUUAAAGAUUUGCUGCCAGGUCCAGAAAAUGUUCUCAGGCACAGGGCACUGUGGUUUCUUGUGAACAGUGAUGAAAAGGUUGAAGGUGUUGCCAAAGAUGUGGAGCCAUCAAAACAAUCUGCCAUUGCAAAUAGCCGCUCUCCAGAAGACAGACCCAAUCCCUUAAAGUAUCUAGCCAUGUCCAGUCCAAAGUAUACUGUCUACACAGAUAGUGAACUUGAACAAGCCCGUUCAUCCUACUUUGAACAAAAACGCCUUGGCUCCACCACUUCUGACUUGUCCAAGGAACUCUUCUGCAGACUGAUUAGAAACACCAUGACAAACAUGGUGUCCAUUGCAAGAGCCCUUGAAGACUCAAGGUACCCUUCCAAACAUGAGGUUGACACUGUGGCGAAAAGAUUAGUCGAGUAUUAUCCAAUGUUAAAGGGAAAAAAAACACCUGAGAGUGAAUGGGGGCAUGUCACCAAGAAGCUCAUAAAGAGGCUCUCAAACAUCAAAAGCCCAAAAAAAGCCAGUGCACCUUUCAAGAAACGUCGCAUGAACUAUGAAGAGUCUUGCUCAACAGACUUUGAUGAAAUCUUAACUGGAUCAAGCCAAGCAUCCACCAUCAUUCUGGAGAAGUCCCCUGCUGCUGCCAGCACUCCAGAGCCCCCUCCAGACAGCAGUGAAGAUGAUGCUGGGGGUUCUGCUGACACUGACGUCCUGGACAGUCAGAAGAGCCAAGUCAGACACUAUAAUACCCUCCAAGAGAUGUACAAGGCUAAAAAGGCAAAUAAAGCUGCUGUCAGCCACUUGCUCAACCUGGAAUUUGACUCAAGACGAUGCUUCAUCACAUCAGAUGUUCUAAAAGACGAUGACAGGCCAUCAACAUUUUUUGAUGUUUACCCUUGUUUCAAAGAAUUCGACCAUGCAAGUACAACUUCCUUAAACUAGUUACUCUACUUUUACUGUGCUUUAAGCAGUUAGCAUUUUUUCCAGGUACUAGAUGAGAUGUAGAGAGAAUUAUUCAACCAAAAAACUCCAACUACACUGCUGAGACUAGGGACAGAUGGGAAAACUUUUUUUCAAAAGUCAAGUUCUAUGGGGUAAUGAAGAAAGCCAUGAAGCCUCCAAAGACACUCAAUAGUGCAGUGUUUGCAGCUCUACCCCUCCUUUUUCCAUCCAAUGCACCACCAUCAAAGAAAUUAGGCUCCUGCGGUGAAGCUUUUUUCACGCACUUAAGACAUCUGAGGACCCUGAAGGCUAUCUUCAAAAGCGGCCACUAUCGUGCCCAGUGCUGCUCUUGAGCAAGGACAACUGCAUGAUCGCAAUUGGCAACACACCUGUGACCACCUUUGCACGUGACAAGCUGAAUGAAGGACUAGUGUACCUGAUGACCUUUUACUACGCCUUUCAUCUCACUUAACCAAAGUGUAUUUCCACUCUGCUCUCAGUCCUACAAACUUUGUCCAUCAAGAUUCCAUCCAUGACAAAGAUGCAACAUCAAAAUACAAAAAAGCCAUAACAGAGUGGAAGUCCAUCACUGAGUGAGUGAAUGUGCAACUAUUUUAGUUCAUUAUUUUUAUUACUUAAAAUGUACAAACAAAUUUUCCAAAACACUUGUGUUGUGCUACCAGAGGUUUUAGCAUUUACAAGAAGGCUCUUACAUUUGGUUUUCCUUGUAAUAUACUACUUUGUAAUUUAAUUAAGAGUGUUUUACUUUUUAUUUUAGUUAUGUUUACUUAAAUCUGCUCUACUGUAGCUAUUGUGAGCCAUCUGUAUUUGAUACCAUGUUUUCAUGGAUAAAUAAAUUAGGAAAGACUUUUGGGGGUUGUCUUGUUUUAAAAUUACAGCUUUGAAUGGGCAUAAUUUUAAGAUUUACAUUAUUUAUUUAUUUUUCUAAUU